AUGACCAAAACUAAAAGGUUCUCUGCAGAUUCUGACUUUGAGCAGUGUAUGCACAAUGCCGAGACGGUGAAAAAGAGAUUGGGUACACUUGAUGACUCUCUCAAAAGGUUUAUUAUUGCCGUCUCAGAUACAGCGACUGCCUUUGAGUGUGUUGGGAACUGUUAUGUAGAUAUGGCCACAGCGGCAACUGUACAGGCCGGCAAUGAAGAACACAGUGCCGUUAGCAGACAAGUAAAUGACACGCGAAGUGCAUUAUACAACUCUGCGAGGAUCUUCGCAAUGGAGAUGCGUGAGUUGAAAGAUGGACAGGCGUUGGUGAAUUACAGAAGUGAUAUACAUAAGCGGAUUAUUGAACUGCUGCGGCCACUGCGUGAGACGGCAAAAAGAACCGUUAUUGCCGGGAAGACGAGAAGUGAUUUACAUAAAAAGUACCGGAAAGCAGUAGAUGUGGUGGUGAAGAAGGAGAGAAAGUAUGAAAAGAAGAACAAGCCAAUCAGUGAAAGCAAACUAUACAAGAAACAGGAGGCAACUCGCGAUAAAGCAUAUGAGAGCUUUGUAAAAUCAAAUGAAAAUUUCGUCUCACUAUACAAUGAUCUCAUUAUGAACAUUGAAAAGAUCACUGGACAGACAUUGGACAGUUUUGUGGACAUCAGUUCCUCUUUACUGCAAUACAUGCUAAAGACCAUUCAAGGUGUGAUGGAAGAUGUCACUAAACGUUAUCCAAUGAUGGAUAGUGUCUUUGUCAGUAAAGUUCGUAGAGAACGAAGCCCACAAGAAUACAGCCCACCUCUUCAAGAUAAUAAUAACCGUUCUCCACCAACCAUGUCCUCCCGUAUGAAGGUUGUGGAUGUGCCCAACAGUGAGCCUGUCGCCAAUGGCAGUAGUGUACAUAAUCACAAUGGAAACACAGAGCCACUUGAUUAUGCACAUCAGGCGGAAGAAGAUCUGUAUUUACUUAACUACGUCGAUCUCCACACCGAAUCCGAAACCCGUGGACAAAGUAUGGAGCAAGAGGAACAACCAAUGACCGCACUGGGACCUCCCUCAGCAUCACUCGAAGUGUGUGCGACAUCUGCACAUGAACCCUUGCGUGUUGAUUCUGAGUAA